AAGUUUGGAGGAGGCAAACAUGAAUUUGUGUCAGACUGGAACCCAGUGAGACUUGAAGUCCACAAUAGCAGAGAUUGGAUUGAUAAAGAUGUUCAUUACAAUGCUACACGCAACGCUGAUCUGGAUGUCAUAUUGCAGCAAUUCUUUACGGAAGAAACCAGCAGUAUAUUCCAUCAGUCGGUGCCAUCAGAACUUGUGUCUACGGAAUGGAGCAUGGUAUAUGCGCUGAUAAACAGUAAAACUAUAAAAAUGGUGCUGGUGAAUCCCACUGCACAGUUGAAGGUACUAGCUGAGGCGAUUGCAUCAGAUCAACAGUUUAAGCUAAUGUAUUUCAAGGAAUACAUGGCAAAUAUAUUUAAAAGAAUCUUGGCAAAAUGCUGGACAGGAUUGUUGGAAGAUAAUGCUUCAAUGGUCGGUAUAGAAGACUGGUGUCUUACUGGUACCAUGGAAGUGGCCACGGUACUAGCUCGGGUAAAACAAGCUAAUGAGGCCAGUGCCGUGACAACGCAAAAAAGACUCAACACUUAG